UUUCUUUUUUUUUUCUUUUUCUUGUUAUUGCUUUUCUUUACUAAAGAACAUAACGAUAUUCAGAAUAUAUAUAAAAUAAUAUGGGUAUAAAACAAUCUCGACAAAAUUUAGUAUCCAAUGAAACUUAUAGAAGAGAAAGUACAGCUACACAGCAAACAUUAACUAUGAAUUCAAUUCGUUCUCGAUCAGUCAAUUCAAUCAUUAUCGAUGGUCGACAUUAUUAUUAUGAUGAAAAUAAUACUUCCAUUUUACCAAGAGAUGAACUAGAACAAGACAGACUUAAUUCUCAACAUUUUUCGUUAAAAGCAUUAUAUGAAGGUAAUAUCCUACCAUCAGUGAAAAAAUUAUUACCAGCAAAUGCAAAAGUAUUAGAUUUAGGCUGUGGUUCGGGAUGUUGGGUGAUGGAAAUGGCAGUAGAACACUCAGAUUAUCAAAUUAUUGGUAUUGAUGUAGCAGAUAUGUUUCCAACUACGAUUCGACCUGAAAAUGUGAAAUUUGAAUUAUACAAUAUUCUAAAUGGAUUACCUUAUCCUGAUAAUUCCUUUGAUUAUAUUCAUAUGCGUUUAUUGAUCACUGGUCUUCGAUCAGAGGAUUGGCCAAAGACGAUUGCCGAAAUAUAUCGGGUAUUAAAACCAGGUGGAGUUGUACAACUAGUGGAAUCAGAUUUCACUGAAAAAGCAGAUAUUCAAACAGUUGAAAUAUUUAACACUGAAUUUAGGAAAGCUUUAGUAGAAUUAGGAUUAGAUCCCUGGAUAGGCUCAAAAUUAGAAAACCUUUUGACUGAAACUAAUUUUGAUGUGAUAGAGAUUAAUCAAAAAUAUUUAGAUUAUAGUUUACCGUUGGAUCCAGUUGCAAAGGAAAUGUUAAUUAAUUGGAAAGGUGCCAUGUUAUCAAUAAAACCAAUACUCGCUCAACGAUUGAAUGCAGAUAAUGAAAAGUAUAAAACAAUUGUUGAUAAUUAUAUAGAAGGAAUAACACAAGCUGGUUGGAAAGUGAAAAUGUGGGCUCUUUGUGGACAAAAGCCUGUUUAAAUAAAAUAAAUGAAAUUAAAUUUUUGUAACCAUG